CUAGGAAAUCUCCGACCUCCGACUUCAGUGCAUUCACGACAACUGGGAACUCGGAAAAAACGAGCUCCGCCUGGGAAUAAUCUUUGACGGUCAACCAAUUUGGCAUUCCAAGUCGGAAACUCGGGCAUCACGGUCAGUGAUUUUCAGGUUGGAAAGUCCAGUCUGAGCUCGUUUUUUCCGAGUUCCCAGUUUUCAUGAACGCACCAUAAAUUCCGUAUUCUUGCCACUAGUUUCAUACUAGCCUACGUAGUUGAUAUCACCUAGAGAACGCAGUGUCACGGACAGACAAUUCUACCAGCUAUAAUAAAUCCUAAUGGGAAAGGUAGAGGUUACGAGGUAGGUAAUCUGAGGGUGAAAGUAUCAGAUGGUCUUCAGAAGAAUGUGUUUCCCAGCCAAUGAGUACUGGCUGAGGAUGAUGAAGAUACAGGGGUCACCCCAGCAGCAGUGUCAGGGGCUGCAGGGACCUCUGUGAUUGCUGACCUCCCCAGCUCUGCACUGGCUGACCAUGGCCACACAGAGGACACCCCUGGUCAAAGACUUUAACCACUUUAUUACCUGUAACCUGUGCAGAGGUUACCUGAUCAAACCCACCACGGUCACUGAGUGCCUGCACACAUUUUGUAAGAGCUGCAUCAUCCAGCACUUCGAAGACAGUAACGACUGUCCCAAAUGUGGCAUUCAAGUCCAUGAAACCAACCCUCUAGAGAUGCUAAGGUUGGACAAUACUCUUGAGGAAAUAAUUUUCAAGCUUGUGCCUGGAUUACGAGACAAAGAGGAACAGCAGGAGAUUGAUUUCUGGAGGAAGAAUACGUCACAAGAAAAUGGACAAGGAGGCGGCCUUGGGUCUAAGAGGCUUGGGCUCAGUGAUGAUGGGGAUGGUGAUGAAGAUGGUCAGGAUUAUCACAGGAGCGACCCCCAGAUAGCCAUCUGCCUGGACUGUCUCCACAACAAUGGUCAUGCUGCAGACAACACAGUGAAGUGUUUAAUGAAGAAGUUCAUUCGCUGCUCUAGUCGAGUCACGGUGGGAACCAUCAAGAAGUUUCUUAGUCUAAAGUUAAAGCUUUCAAGCUCUUGUGAGCUGGAUGUGCUGUGUAACGGGGAGAUCAUGGGUAAGGACCACACUCUGGAGUUCAUCUACAUGACACGCUGGAGGCUGCACGGUGACAACACAUAUCCCAUGGUCCUGGAGUACAGGCCACGAAUAGACUUUGGCUGAACAAAGCCCUUGAGAAGCUUUCAUCGACAAACAAAGCAAUGACUGGAUGUGCAUCAAGUUGAGGCCAGGGACUCAAGCCUUCCAAACGUUUUGAACUUCUGUUUCACUUUGUUGUGUCCUUCGUUGUUGAACAUUUUGUGCUUGUGGCCAAAGUGAUCUUCAAGACAAGUAACUAGAGAGACAAGCUUAGCUGAAACAUAGAUGUAUGAAUAUGAAUGUAUCCAAAUGGUAUUUAUUAGCCAGGUACUCGGGUAACCUGGUAACCUAGCCAAUGACAAGGAUUGGCCUGCAUCUGCAUGAUAAAUACAAGUUGGUGUGGACAGAAAAUGUAAUGGAAAGGGAGCAAUCAAGCAACUCCAAGGGCUUCCAACGGAUGCCUGACUGUUUCAACAAGAAAAGUAACAUUUUUAAAUUGAAGUAGUUUUUUCUCUUUAUAAAAUGCACAUAACAUAUCCACAGAUUUGCCCACAAUCAAUCAAUUGACAGAGCACCUUAACGUUGCCAACAGGUUUCAGAGUCUAAACUGAAGCCCAUUCGUCUUCAUUCUGUCCCAUGUUCAGUUAUUAUAACCAGUCUGACAUGCUGCUGAAAUCAACAAACAGGCUGGGGAGCCUGCGGGAUGGGGAGAGAAACAUUAAGCCUCUUUCUCACAAACACACACACUCACUCAACCCAUACUGCAGCGUGAUUACCCUGGCUCCUGCCAAUCUCAGACCUGCACUAAUAGCUUUUUUGGCACCGGUCGGAGUGAGCAGGUAUUACAUUUUAGUUUUUCAGAUUCAUCUUGGUAUCUUUUUAGGCUAGAGAAAUACUAUCUUAUAUGUUUUGAAGGGAAACCAGUGGUGUGUACAUUUCAUAUUGUUACUAGACCUUUAAGAUAUGUGUUUUAUGAAGUACAUGACAUUACAACACGUUAGUAAGAGAUAUGAAUUAUGCCAAUUAUGAAUCUUUGAUCACGUUAGUAAGAGAUAUGAAUUAUGCCAAUUAUGAAUCUGUGAUCACAGAAUAGCUUUGGGCACUGUAAGAACUGGUUGGCAUAAGUCUUAUUGUAUUAGCGUUGAGGUGUAGUGUACUGAAGCUGUCUCUCUUUCACAGUGAUUCAGUAUAGAGAGUAAACUGUAUCUGCUUCCUUACCUAGUCAUCUCAAGUUUAGCCUUUUAAACUGUAAUCUAUGUUGAUGUGGUUUAUAUGUGGAAACCAUUGAGGUGAGUUCCUUGCAGUGAAGCCAACCUGUCCAUGUACUGACAAGGAAAAUAGAAUGUUAUUAUUUUUUGGGGGACCGAAAAGGAAACAUGUACAUAUUCUUAAGGUUAAGGUUUUAUUUUUUUACAUUUUAGUCAUUUAGCAGACGCUCUUAUCCAGAGCGACUUACAGUUAGUGAGUGCAUACAUU